AUGAUUGGUAGCGGCAGCUUGCAUCUUCCUUUUCUGCGCUGGCUGGCCGGGAACCCGCCGCCGCCAUGAAUGACACGGUGACCAUCAGAACGAGGAAGUUCAUGACAAACAGACUGCUUCAGCGCAAGCAGAUGGUGAUAGAUGUUCUUCAUCCUGGGAAGGCCACAGUCCCCAAAACAGAAAUCAGGGAAAAGCUGGCAAAAAUGUACAAGACGACCCCUGAUGUAAUUUUCGUCUUUGGCUUCAGAACUCACUUUGGUGGUGGCAAGACAACAGGUUUCGGCAUGAUCUAUGAUUCUCUGGACUAUGCAAAGAAAAACGAACCAAAGCACAGGCUUGCCAGGCAUGGCUUGUAUGAAAAGAAGAAGACUUCUAGGAAGCAGCGAAAGGAGCGUAAGAACAGAAUGAAGAAAGUGAGGGGCACAGCCAAGGCAAAUGUUGGUGCUGGCAAAAAGAAGAAAUGAAGUAUCUAGAAGUAACUAAACAUGCUUCAGAUGGAAAAUGGAUAACAGACUAUGUUAUUCUAUGAAGAAGUGUAGAAAGAAUUAUUCUGGAAAGAAGCUGCUCAUCUGGCUUUAACAUCAAAUAAACUAUGUCAAUAAAA